ACUUGCGCUACUGUCUCAACCUCUCAACUACAUCUCUCCCUACAUCUCACCACCACUCCUUUUGUGCCUUGUUUUUUGCUUCUCUUCAGCCUUGUCUUUUGCGAGAAGUUUCUGUAUUUCUCUUGCUUCCUAUAGAUAGCGCCUUCGAACGUCGACUAACAGCAUAAAUCAAUGCCAUCUUACCUACUAAUCCCAUCAGUCAUUUAGUCAUUCCGCACUGGUCACUCCGCUUGGCUCGAGACCCAGAUUGCGAGUGAGGCGAGUGCUGUCCACUCUUCACACACAUCGAUCAUAAUGCGAUCAAAGUUACCGGUGCAGCUCUACCUAGCCACCCUGCUCUCGUUAUCGGUGUCUGCAGCUGUAGCACAGAGCAACUAUUCCGACACCCGCGUUAUAUCUCCGCUCUUCAAUGCUUUCGAUAAACGCCCAGACGAUUGCCCACCAUGUUUUAACUGCCAAUUAGAUGCCUUUCAAUGUGCUCAAUUUGCUUCCUGCGAUAAUCUGUCCGGCAAGUGCGUAUGUCCGCCUGGGUAUGCUGGCGAGGACUGCUCGAAGCCGACAUGUGGAUCAUUGGCCGAUGGCCAUGAGAGGACCCCACGGACAGACAAGUACUGUAACUGCAAAGAUGGCUGGGGCGGCAUCAACUGCAAUGUGUGCCAGAACGAUGACGUUUGCAAUGCCAUGAUGCCUGAAGGCGAAGGGGGUGUCUGUUAUAGCCAAGGUGUCACGGUCAAGGAAAAUUUCCAGAUGUGUGAUGUCACCAACCGCAAAAUCCUCGAUCAACUUAAGGAGAAGAAGCCCCAGGUGACGUUUUCCUGUAAGGCAGAGGAUCAUUCCUGCAAUUUCCAAUUCUGGGUGGACCAGGUGGAAUCGUUUUAUUGUGGUCUAGAUACCUGCGAAUGGGGCCUAGAAACCACCCACGACCGGAACAGAACUCACUACAAAUGUGAGAAUAUCAAGUGCAAGUGCAUUCCAGGCCGCAUGCUCUGUGGAGAAGAGGGCUCGAUUGAUAUCGGCGAUUUCCUCGACCAGUCCAUCCAAGGUCCUGCAUCCUUUACGUCUGUGUCUACCAACGGUGGCAGUGCGAAUGACGGGAGCAAGUUCCAGGAACCCGCCAUGGAUAACUUGAUCAAGAGCGUUUUCGGGGACGAAAGUAUCUUCCUGAACUGUCAGUCUGGAGAGUGCUUGUACAAAACAGAUGUACCUGGAUACACGCGCCCCGUAAAACAAAUCAACACACCCCUCAUCGCUGGAGUUAUCGCUGGUUGUGCACUCUUUGUUGUGGCGGUAAUCCUGACCGUGUGGUACUUAUCACGCAGAUCGUAUCGGGGACGUAUUCAGUUGCCUCUCUCCGAUGAUUCGGAUGAUGAGGCCACCAAACUCUUGACGGAUCACAAGCCAGCGGCGCUAUAUUGGGAUAAUGUGUCUUAUUACUUGAAUGGAAAGGAAAUACUUUCUGGUAUUCAAGGUGUCUCGCAGCCAGGCCAGAUUACAGCCAUCAUGGGAGCUUCAGGUGCGGGAAAAACGACAUUCCUUGAUAUUCUUGCCCGAAAAAACAAGCGGGGUGCAGUCCGCGGUGACUUUUAUAUCAAUGGAGAAAAGGUCAAUGACCAUGAUUUCAAGAGCACGAUAGGAUUUGUCGAUCAGGAAGACACCAUGCUCCCCACCCUAACUGUACAUGAAACGAUCCUGACGAGCGCACUACUACGGCUUCCCCGGGACAUGAGUCGAGCAGCCAAAGAGCAGCGAGUGUUUGAGGUUGAAAAGCAGCUUGGUAUCCAUCAUAUCAGGGACCAGUUAAUUGGCUCAGAAGAAGGAAAAGGCCGUGGUAUCUCUGGUGGCGAGAAGCGCCGAGUGGGAAUCGCCUGCGAACUGGUCACUAGCCCUAGCAUUCUCUUUCUGGAUGAGCCCACUAGCGGAUUGGACGCUUACAAUGCAUUCAAUGUAGUUGAAUGUCUGGUGACCCUAGCGAAGACUUAUAAUCGGACCGUCAUCUUUACUAUUCAUCAACCGCGAUCCAACAUCGUUGCGCUAUUCGACCGACUUGUUCUCCUGGCACAUGGGAAGACUGUAUACUCGGGUCCUUUUUCCACAUGCCAGCAGUACUUCGACAAUUCCGGAUAUUCUUGCCCUCCUGGAUUUAAUAUUGCUGAUUAUCUCGUGGAUCUCACGAUGCAUGCCAGCGUCACCCGGUCCCAUACCGACGAGGUCGUCUCUCCGUUGUUAGACGUGCGCUCAGACCCACCCAAGACUGCAUCAAGCAGCUUGCGGGCUGUCAAGUCAGUUGCUAGUGCAUCAAACGCAAGUAUCGAGGAUAAUUCUAGUAGCACACUAGAGGCCAAUCGAAGGCCGAAGAAUGGCCGCCGGGUCUCUCUCAAGCAACGCCAAGAUACGCAACUAUAUUCCCGGAAGAAAGAUCGUGAACGUCCUGCCACCCCCAAAACAGAUGAGGAAGAUGUAGGUGAUGUGGCGGAGAACCCUCAGCAAUGGUUACGCCUUUCUCGUCAGCCGGGCCAUGUUCCACCCCAGAUCCUUGACGACCCUGAUGAGUUACCUCCAAUUGCACCAGGUCAAACUGAUCUCGACAUCUUGGUUGCCAACUAUUCCAGCUCAGACGUUGCUCGUUCCGUGAAUGACGAAAUCGUAGCAGCCGUUCAGCAUGCUCGUACCGCGAAUGGUUCGGCCAACUCAGACAUCCUCUCAGGGGCCCCUAUCAGUACACCCAAGAGCUAUGCUAGGGUCGGCCUGUUCCGUCAGUUUCUCAUUCUGUCUCAGCGGACUUGGCGGAACCUGUACCGGAAUCCAAUGCUGAUGCUAACUCAUUAUGCCAUCUCUAUUCUACUCGCUGUGCUGUGCGGAUACCUGUUUUAUGGAUUGACAGACGAUAUCAAAGGUUUCCAAAAUCGUUUGGGUCUUUUUUUCUUCGUCCUCGCCUUAUUCGGAUUCAGUACACUCACUAGCCUCACGGUUUUCUCAGCAGAGCGACUCCUAUUUGUCCGUGAACGGGCGAAUGGCUACUAUCACCCUGUUACGUACUUUGCGGCUAAGGUGGUAUUCGACAUUGUGCCUCUGCGACUCCUGCCCCCGGUGAUCAUGGGGGUGAUCGUGUAUCCCAUGACCGGACUGAUCCCGGCAUGGCCAGAGUUCCUCCGAUUUAUCUUGGUACUUGUCCUCUUCAACCUUGCAGCUGCCAACAUCUGUCUUUUCAUCGGUAUCGUCUUCCGCGAUGGAGGAGUGGCCAAUUUGAUUGGCAGUUUGGUGAUGCUCUUCAGUCUGUUGUUUGCUGGUCUAUUACUCAACCACGAUGCAAUUCCUAAGUCCGCUUUGUGGCUACAAACUCUGUCCAUCUUCCACUACGGCUUCGAGGCGUUGAUUGUCAACGAAGUGACGUUCCUCACGUUGAUCGACCAUAAGUAUGGGCUAGACAUUGAGGUUCCAGGGGCCUCCAUCCUGAGCGCUUUCGGGUUCGAUACUUUGGCGUUUUGGAAGGAUGUUAUUGGACUGGGUAUAAUCUCCGGGGCGUUCAUCGUGAUUGCCUACGGAGCGAUGCAUGUUUUCCUCGUUGAGAAGCGGUAGUCACGUAAUGAAUGCAUCACGCUUCGUCUAAUUUACGUUCGGCGAGACUGGUGUUAUUCUUGACCAUUAUUGUUUGGUGUUGAGUGGUGACAAGAUAUUGUAUCAUGUUC